GCGCGCGCGCACCAGCCCCGCCCCUGCGCUAUGGCGGCGGCCCGGCGGCUCGGCCCGUGACAGCAGGAGGCCGCCGUCCUCCCCCUCCCCAGCAGCGGCCCCGGCCCCGGUUCUCGCCCCCCGGCGGCGGGCGCGGCGCGAGGGGAGGAGCCGCCAAGAAGCUGCCAUGCAGGACCCCGGGCCGGAGCGCGGCGGCAGCGCCCACCCCGCCGAGGAGGGGCGGGGGUCGGCGGCCGGUGAGGCCUCGUGGCUGCGGCGGGUGUUUGAGGAGGCGCAGGGCUCCUCGCAGCUGAGCGUGGCGCCGGCCGAGCCGCCGCCCGUCACGGUGGUGGCGGUGGAGCGGUACCUGGGCGAGGGGCUGCCGCGCGCCACCCCGCAGUACUGGUACGACGUGACGCUGGCGGACGGCGAGUGCCAGGAGCGCUGCCACCUCGCGCCACGCCUCAGCGGCCUGGUGCAGCGUGGGCACCUGCGGGCCGGCACGCGCCUGCGCCUCACGCGCGGCUCCUACCUGUACGCCGAGAAGCGCCUCAACUGCGGGUUCCUCUGCCUGGAGGAGCUGGAGCCGGUGGGGGCGGCCGAGCCCCCCAGUGUCCCGACCUGCCACCACCGGCAGCCCCUCCGCGGCGAGAGGCAGCACUACCUGCCGCUGUGGAACAACGAGGACCCCUACGGAGACAUGUGGGUGGCGGAGAAGGCCCAAGCGCGGGUGGACGUCGACGUCUCCAAGCUGACUUCUCUUGGUCAGCUGGAAAUGACCUGGAGAAGCAAUGUUCACUUCCAUCCGCUUCUUGUGAGAGUCCUGCACAAAUCUAGACUAAGGUACUACGGGAAACCAGAGAAAAAAGUGGAUAUGCCUUAUCAGGCUUACUUUGAAGUUGCUGAUGGUUCAGGCAUGAUGUCAAUGGUUUUGUGGAAUUCACUGUGUCCUGAAUGGUAUAACAGUAUUAAGGUUGGCACGGUACUUCUUCUUGAAGAGUAUGCUAUCAAAGCCAGUUACCCAUUUAAAACACAGCCAACCCCAGGGGAUUCACAGAUGAAGAGAUUUGCUACAAUUGAAAUCAGCCUUAAUGUUCGAAACCCUCCCACUAAAAUAAGUAUUAUUCCAGAAGAAAUUGUUAAGCCAGAGUGGGGAUUACCUGAAGUUAAAUACCGGUUUAUCACAAGGUCAGAACUGGAUGACUUACCGAACAACCAUUCCUGUGAUGUUAUUGGUCUUGUGACAUUUGUAGGAAGGGCUGAACGAACAAGAAAGAGAGAACAUGGUGAAGAUUUCUGGCUCUAUCGUUGGGCACAUGCCGUUGAUGGGACCUCAGACCAACCAUUCAUACUGGAAAUAUUUGCAACUUCUCAGCCAGAUGUGUUUAAGCUUAUCCACCCAAUGACAUAUUUGGUGUGUACACAGAUGAGAGUGAUGCGGGACGUCACUGAGAAUCCUUCCAGCACAAUUUACCUUACGACUUCAAAUGAAAGUCAAAUAUUCAUUACAGGGUGGCACAAGGGCCAGCCAUACACCAAGGAUACUAAAGUGAAAAACUUCAUUCAAUGGACUAAAACACAAAACGAAGCUAAUCAAAUGAAGAAAACUGUCAUUGGUGGCUAUUAUCCUUUUCCACGACCUCCAAGUAACUUUUUGAAAUACUGUAAAAACAAUAAAGUUGAAACAGUUUUGAAAGCCAUAGCUGAAAUGGGGAAGGAGAUUGAAGCCUUGCACUACAGAGAACGCAAGCGCAUUGCUGUUCAGGGAAUUAUUAGUGCCAUAAGGUAUAUCAGAUGUAGCAAUGCAGCUGAAGAAGCCUCAGGAGUAGAGCUUGUUGAGAAAGAUACUCCUCAGUCUCUUGAAAGUUCUGCAAAGUCCAAAGAAGACCAUGUUCACAAGGGAAGAAACACCAACCUUCAAAAUGAAGAAGUUAUGUCUGUUCUGGGGCCACAUUACACUCCUGGGGAAGAGCAUCAGCACCAAGCUGCACUGUCAAAAAAGAAUUCAGCCAAGAGAAAGAUACCAUGCCGAUUAAAUACAGAUGCAGAACAGGGAGGUGCCUCUGUUAUUCCUGUAUCAUCUUGCUCCUAUUUCACACGGUCUGCAAGAAGAAAACUUCGCUUGGAAGAAUUUCAACAUGAAGAUUUUGUGCAAGAUAAAAAUGGACAGGCUGUAUCAGACAGUUUACAGUGCUGCACAGAUGGAGAAAGAAUGAGUGACACGUUGGAAACUGAAGAGACUAGAAGAGUUUGUGAUUCAUGGGAGAGUGACCUGUGGGCUCAAGUGAAAGACAAGUUAAUGAAAUAUUUGCAUCACAGCACAAUUUUCCCAGAAAGCAUCCCACGUAAAUUUGAUUAUGUGCACAAAGACUUACUUAUGCAACAGUACAACCUUCAUGAAGCAGUGCACCAGCCAAAAGAAACAGGAACAGGUGAAAAUAUCAAUGAAUUUAAAAGUGCUAGUGGCUUCGGGUAUUAUGAAGUAACAGUUCUGGGUAUAAACCACGAUGUAGCUGUAGAUGUUGCAUUUCUUCCACUGCUUUGUACUGAAGAUCCCCACUUAUUUCAACUGGAAGACUUUCAAAAUGAUACAUUAUUGUCAUGUAUGAGCGGCAUCUCUGCAUGUCAGCAGAAGUCCACUAGCAGCGGAAGACUUCAUGACGUGUUUCCACUUUCAACUGAAACUGUAAAAGCAGCAAUGGAUCUAGACAGCAAACAUGUUAUCUGCAUCUUGGACAUCUGUCACUUGGGUGAUGAUAAAGUGGAAGUCUUUCUGAGCAAAAUCUACGAGACAGUGGAACCUGAUGUGAUGGAUCCAGUGUAAUGUAAUAACUUAUUUUUCAAAUUUAUAUACUUCAGAAGGGGGGAAAUAAAACUGCUGUAACUUGACUACACCCUCUACACAUUGCACUUUUCUAGAACUAGCAGACACAAACAUAAAAUUAUGAUUCUUAGCCACCGUAUUGGUCAUCCAUAUAACUGAGAAGGAUGAUUGUUACCUUCAUGUUUUGGUAGUCUUGAAGAUAUUACACAAGUCUUGGUCACUUAUGUUCAAGAACAAUGAAUAGGCAAUACAGUGAAUUUACCUUCUCAUAGGAUACCAAGGAGUGUUGAUUGUCAUCUCUCUUUCUCCAUCUGUGCACAUACAAACACAGGAAAUAUAUUUAUCAGGGUGAGAACUGAGAGAAGAGGCAGGCUUUCCCAAUAUUAAAGGCAGUGUUUGCAAAAGGAUUAAUUGUCUGUGCUAUAAAUUUAGGCUGGAAACUUGUAUCCUUUUGAGAAUUAGAUCUGUUAUGUUCUAUAGUGAUCUCUUAGUGGGGGGUACUAGGGGCAGCCGAACUGCUUCUCAGGCUUGAAGCUGUGCUGUGUUUGUAAAAGGAGUUAAAUUCCAUGGUGCCUUUAAUACUGGCGACUGGACUCAGUGAUCCAAGAAGCUACCUUCAGUUCUUUUUACCUGAGCAAGGCCAACUGCUGUGGUUCUGUAUAUUUGCUUUUGAAUAUACAGUGUUGGGUAGCAAGUGUAGCACCCCAAGGCUUUAAGCAUAUCUUAUUUAUUAAUCUUUUAAAACAUAUCUAUUUUUUAAAAAGAAGCUUUUUUAGUGGAAUUUGAUUCUAGCUUUGCAAGAGAAGUAUGUCUUUAAGGAGUGCUUAGCAUGGCAGGAAACAGAGUUUGUCACAUCGUUAGUGUUUUUUCCUGUUAAUCACCGAAAUCCUCUUUAGUAAUAGCUGUUUCUGAGCACAUGAAGGAGCUCAGCAGCUGUGAGGAGCUGCUACUUCCUCAAGAGCAAGAGACUGUAAAGUUCUGUCAACUUGUUGCCUGUAUACUAAAUCCUGGCUGGCCCCUGCUGUGUUCAGAACCAAGCCCCACUUUUUUCCUCCCAUGCCAAAAGCCUCAAAACAUGUGUACAGAUGGAUCCUUAGGAAAUUAUUCUCAAACAGGAGCUAAAACAACUGCUAUUUGACAACUUGUCCAUGUGAAAUGCUGGCCUCAAUUCAGUCCUUUGAGAAGAAAUGAUUGCAUUAUGGAAGCUUGCCAAUUAAAUUGUACUGUAUUGACCAAAGCACACAGUUAAUUUAUAGGAACAGAUUCAUUCUUUUGUGCAAAACUUCUAGGCACAUUUUAGCUGCCCUUUUGGUAAUCGAGGAGUAUCUAUUUCAACUAGUAGCUCACUCAUCUGCCUGGGGGACAGUGGACUACAUUAACUUCAGUUAAUGGUAAUUGAAGGAGAAAUGUAAUUGUCAUUAUUAUAGUACAAGUUCAUAGGUAACCAGAUAAAAAGUAAAAGCCUUGAUAUUCUAAAAAAAUAUAUAUAUAAAUCUUUUCAGUCUCUAGUGGUUUACAGUUUAAAAAUGUAUUAAUGAGAAAAAUUUAACUUAAAUUGCACAGGAACUAAGUAUCAAAUGUGACUGUAUUGUGUGUUUAUAUUUUGUAUGAGUCAUAUAGUAUUAAUUCUAGAGCAAUGUUUGUCAACCCAUGCCUGUCGGAGUACGUUGAUACAGAAGGCAAAACGAAAAUGUACCGACCCAAGAAGAGCACAGCGUUGCUUGCAUUAUGUUACUUGUGUAAUUCUGUUGCUUAUGGGUAUGUGAAGAUUAGAGGCCAUUGCUCUAGGGUGAGAGGGAAUAGCACCAGCACUUCAUGUACCAAACUGAGCCCUGCUGACUGUGUCAGCCAGUAUUUUUUAUUUAGAUAUACUUCAGGUCGAAGUCUAAUUUUAAUGAAACCAAUAUUUCUAGAAGUAAUUUUUAAAGUCGUUAUCUUUGUACAAAAGGACUGUUGUGGCUAAAACUGGCACAGAGCCACUGUAUUCAGUUGUUCUAGCCACUCCAUCCAUCCCAUGCAACAGAAGCAGCAAAGGCUGUUUGUUGCAUUGCACUGCUUACUACACUUUAAACAUGUAGCAUUAAUAAUUUUAUUCUAUGUGUUAGGGCUUCCUAACUCUAAAAGAAAUUUCAGAAAGGUGUGGAAUGUGUAUAAUACAUGCUUUACAGAAGUGUUGUUUGAAAUUUUUCAUGGUAGAAGCUGGGAAAGGGAUACUCUUGCAGAAUGAAGUCCUGAUGUUAGAAGUACAGGCUGUAACGUAGAUGUGCGCAGCUAGAAAAUAUUUAAUGCCUGCAGUAGACUUGGAAUUUCAAUACUCAGGGUCAUUCUGUAGAGGCACUUACCCCAUCCCCAUAAGUUACAGUGAACUUAAUAUGCCAACUUAAGUUCUGAAGUGUUGCAGUGUUAAUAUAUGGUUCCUCCACUCUGCCGGUCUCCCUCAUCCCUGCCAAACCAGCACUGUAGCGAAAGAAACUACUUGCUGUUUUAUUUAACUUGGUGUUUAUUGACAUAGGUCUAAGACCAAAGUAUUUUUAAUCCUGAAUCUGUAAAAACAUCUUAAUUUUGCCAUAUUAAGCCAAGAUACAGCAUCUUUACUCCUGCAAAAUGUCGUAGGAAUCAUCUUUCUUGCUGCUGUUUAUUGCCGCUGCUGAGGGAAAAAUACUAUCAGAGCAUAUUUCCUAGCUGUAGAAUUCAUAUCCAGCCAAAGAACUGUACUCUAAAAUCUUACAUUUGCAUGUUUCUUAGUCUCCAGCAUUAAUUUCAAAUAAAAUCGGAGGAAAGUAAACUGUAUGUAACUAAUGGUACUUUUGAGUGUAUAAAACCUGCUAAGUCAUAGAUCUUAGAGGUAAGGUCAGGUUUUAAUUGGUGUGAUGUAGAACUAGUGUAACACUGAAAAAUGGAGAAUAUAAAUAAAUAAAUUAAUAUGUGUAAAUAUCUUG